UGUUGUGGAUGAGAGGGAUAAAGGCUGCCCGGCUCCUUCACACAACACAAGCUCGGUGUCACUAAUUAGUCAUUAAUAAGCGCAGCUGCCGCGUUGAGCUGAACUUUCCAAGUUUCCCAGCUCCUCUCGUGUCACAAGCGGUGCAUGGACCAAGGGGACGAGCGAGCACCAACCAGCCAACAACAACAAUUUCAGAUGUGGAAGCUUGUCAUAGUAGCCGCACAGUAGCCAACUUGCCUGCAGAAUAUCGUUAUUCUCAACUGAGGCUCGGACUACAUCACAACGAGAAGCCGCUUGCAGGACCGAGGAUGAACGGGAUGAACUGAGGAGUAGCAGCUCGAGUGUGGUGGCUCUUGUCUAAUAAAUGUCAACCAGCCCUGACAUUUGUAUGGGUCUUUCUUCUCAACCAAAGAUCUCCCCAGGUGGAUUGAACAAACGAGUCGUCUAUAACGGAGCUACGCCCGUCCUCAGUCUACUUGCAGUCUGACGGCACCCACCAACAUCAAAGGAGCAGAGCCCCAGUAACGCCACGUCCCUGGCCAUGAUGCAGGAGCCCCAGGAGGUGGUGGAGGAGACGGUCACCAUAGAGGAGGACCCGGGCACCCCCACCUCCCAUGUGUCGGUGGUCACCUCCGAUGAUGGCACCACACGUCGCACAGAAACCAAGGAUAUGUCGGCUAACGUGAAGGUGACUAAGAUGGUGAAGACGGUGACCACACGGACGGUGCGCCAGGUGCCCCUGGGCCCCGACGGCAUGCCACUGCCCGAGGGGUCAUCCCCCCUGGGUAGCUACACCGACUCCAUUGAUCGACGCUACAUGAAGAACGGUGGUGAGCGCUACAUUACGCCCCAAGCCACCUCCACCCUGACACGCUCCUAUAACAACUCCUACAAUGACUCGUAUGGUGAGACGCCCGAGAGUCAGUACGCCCGCCAUUAUGGCUUACAUGAUGGCUAUGCAGACAUGACAGACAACUACGGCAGCCUGUCACGUGGCGUCAACUUCCGGCCGCCACGCUACCCCUACAUGCCCAACAGCUACCGGCCGGAGAACAGUUACACCCUGCCCAUCCGCAAAGAUGACUACGGCCAUGUGGCACAACCCCAGGUGCCCAUGGGUAGCAGCAGCAUGGAUCUGAACCGCUCACAGCCCGAGCGCUUCCAGCCUGAGCCGUACGGCCUGGAGGAUGAUCGCCGUAGCCUUGGUGCUGAGGAGGAGGAACCAUACGAGCUAGAGCCUGACUACUCCACUGCCAACCGGCGCACUCUUCAGGGUGCCAACCGGGGGCGCACCCACCGGGAGCCUCUCCGUGAUGGGCCCCGAGUCAGAGGGUACCCAGAUGACCCCAUCGAGGCAGAGCUGAUUGACGAGCGUCACCCUUACAUCCACGGCAUGUACUCGGCGCCACUGGCCCAGCCAGAGAGGGGCAGCAUGGCCAGCUUGGACCGCAUGGGUGGUCGACGCUCACCCUCCAUCGACAGCAUUCGCAAGGACCCACGCUGGCGUGACCCAGACCUACCUGAGGUCAUUGCCAUGCUGGGCCACCCAAUCGACCCGGUCAAGUCAAACGCUGCAGCCUACCUGCAGCACCUCUGCUAUGAAAACGACAAGAUCAAGAAGGACGUGCGUCAGCUGAAGGGGAUCCCUGUUCUGGUGGGGCUCCUGGACCACCCCAAGUCCGAGGUGCACCGCAAGGCCUGUGGGGCGCUGCGCAACAUCUCCUAUGGCAAGGAUCAUGACAACAAGGUGGCCAUCAAGAACUGUGAUGGUAUCCCGGCCCUCAUCCGUCUGCUGAGGAAAACCAACGACAUGGAAGUCCGUGAGCUCAUCACAGGCACCCUGUGGAAUCUGUCGUCCUAUGAACCUCUGAAGAUGGUGAUCAUCAACCACGGCCUGCAAACCAUGACCAACGAGGUCAUCAUCCCCCACUCGGGGUGGGAGCACGAGCCCAAUGAAGACUCCAAGCCCCGCGACGCGGAGUGGACCACCGUCUUCAAGAACACCUCUGGGUGCCUCAGAAAUGUGAGCUCAGAUGGGGCAGAGGCCCGGCGCAGACUGAGGGAGUGCGAAGGAUUGGUGGACGCGCUGCUUCACGCCCUCCAAUCAGCUGUAGGGAAGAAGGACAUGGACAACAAGUCUGUGGAGAACUGCGUUUGUAUCAUGAGGAACCUGUCCUACCACGUCCACAAAGAGGUGCCAGGCGCCGAGAAGUUCCAGGACCCGUCAGCGCUGCAGGCCCCGGGCUCAGCGGGACCACAGAGGAAGAAGAAAGACGAUGCCGGCUGCUUUGGAGGCAAGAAGGCCAAAGAGGAAUGGUUUAAUCAAGGCAGAAAAAACGGUGAGAAUGACAAAAACUACGACACGUUGGAUCUGCCCAAGCGCACAGAGCCGUCAAAAGGCUUUGAGCUGCUGUAUCAGCCAGAGGUGGUGAGGCUCUACCUAUCUCUGCUGACGGAGAGCCAGAACUACAACACCCUGGAGGCGGCUGCUGGGGCUCUGCAAAACCUCAGCGCUGGACAGUGGACUUGGUCCAACUACAUCCGAGCCACGGUGCGUAAAGAGAAAGGUCUCCCCAUCCUGGUGGAGCUGCUGCGCUCUGACUCUGACAAGGUGGUCCGAGCUGUGGCCAUCGCCCUGCGCAACCUCUCCAUCGACCGCCGCAACAAGGAUCUGAUUGGAAGUUAUGCCAUGAGGGACCUGGUGAGCAACCUUCCCAGUGGUCAGCAGCGACCAGCCAAGAACCUGGAGGAGGACACGGUGGUCGCCAUCCUCAACACUAUUCACGAAAUUGUCACGGACAGCUCUGAAAACGCCCGAUCCCUUAUCCAGGCCCAGGCCAUCGAGAAGCUGGUAGCCAUCAACAGGACCAGCCAAUCAGCUCGUGAAACCAAGGCAGCUUCCCACGUGCUGCAGACAGUGUGGAGCUACAAGGACCUAAGGAACGCCUUGACCAAGGACGGCUGGAACAAAAGCCAUUUCCAGCCCACAGUGACAGCCACUCCCAAAGCAGCCAAGAACGGCAAGCCAGGCUACGACGACACCACUCUCCCCCUGAUGGAGAAGAACCAAGGCUCCAGGAAAUGUGGCAGUGGUGAUAUGAUACCUUUGGAUGAGCUGGGUCCAGAUGGCUACUCCACCAUUGACCAGAGAGACAAAGACUGCAAAUACAAGACCGGAGAAGGCUCAGUGGACCUGACAGAACGGGAGCCAUUAAAGAAUGACACAAAUAGGAAACACUAUAUCAGGAGUAACAGGCCUGCGGUCAGUCUGGUGGACGCUUGUGACGUUAAGCCCCAGCCUGUUGACUCCUGGGUCUAAAUGCAUGCAUGGCUUAAAAUAACAACAGUGCAACAUCCCAGCUAGAGGAGGAUAUCUCAUAUCACCACUGCCAUUACACAUGGAGCUCAUCUUUGGGACUGGACUUUGUAAAGGAAAGAGGAUUAAAAAAAAAAAAAAAGAUAAUUACAACAGCGACUACCCAGCAGCAGCCGGCAUUUUCAUGCUUUUCAGAAAAAAAAAAAUAAAAAAAAAAAAUAAGAAAAACAGAUUACUUCUCCAACUUUGUCAUAUCUACAUUCCCACUGGAAAUCAUGUGAAUUUUACAGCGUUGACUCUCAUUGAGCUCUGCCAGUGACCAGAAAAGGAUGGACGCCAGUAUUGUUGGACAAAUGGACAUUUGAAGGUUGGACAAUGUAAGGUGAAGGGAUUGAACAGUUGGGGCAAGUGUGUUGGAAAGAAACCUGCAGAGGAUGAGACAGAAAAUAGACUUCUUUAUUCAGUUUUCGCACCUACAUGGAAGAAGUUUCUGCCUCUUAUUUUUGGGUUUUGCAGUUGUUUGCAUUCAGCGGGUGUGUCGUUAAGGCGUAAAAUAAUCCCAAUUGUAAAACUCCCCCAUUCAUUUUUUAAUUGUGAUUUUUGUUUUGGGAUUUCUGACUUGAUCAAAUUUGGACUGGUGUGUUCAAAGGUCAAUGAACGUUGAUGGUGUUGGGUUUGGUGGGUUGGACAUGAAAGAGAGUGGGUGAGAGAAAGGGAGAGAGAAAGCGAGCCUGAGAGACAGCUGUAGCAUAAUGAAUAAAUACGUAAUUCCACCAGCCCGCUCUCAUAGACUUACAAUCCAUUUGGUUCACUGUGUUUCUUCCAAAAAAAAAAAGAGAAAAAAAAGAAAGAAAAAAAAGUGCACUGAGUUGCUUUGAAAUUGCAAGAGGUUACUGGAUGAUUGAUAUCCACUUCACAAAGUGAGGAGAUUGUUGUCUGCAAGUUGUUGUCUGGAGAAAGGGAACAUAGUGUGUACUUGUGAUGUGUGCACACGGCAUUGUAAAACAAAGCUAAAAUGGGGAUGAAAAGAAUUGCCAGAGACAUUCUGUUUCAUCUUAGUCGACACACCACUGGAUGACCCAAGUGGCAUAUUGACCUGCUCUUAUACAGCCGUGGUCAACACCACUUGACUCCUACAGUGGUGUUUUGACCUCCACUCAGAGAACCAUGGUUACCUGUUACCUGUGUAACCAUUUGGUUUGUGUAGUGAAGCAAAUACCUGGACUUUCCCGGUUGGUUGCUCUUUGUCAAUGAUGUGUAUUAAAGAGGCUGUACGGCAUUUUGUUUAUAAAUGAUUUGUGUGAUUGAAAAGAGAGAGACAGAGGAUUAUUCUCUUGUUGUUGAAAGGAUAGAUAUAAAAACAUUUUAUAUUUUUGUUGGUUUUAUAUAAAUGUAUAUUAGGGUCAUAAAGAAAAAAAAACAGAAAAAUGAAGGAAAACAAAAAAAAAAAUUCCCAACUUCUUAGUUGUAUAUUCAUAUUGUUUGGAAAGCACAUCCCAUUUGAUAAAGGGUCACCACAUUUGUAAACAAGAAAUAACCGCGUUAACUUAAGUGUGUAUCAAAUGUUGUCGAGUUAUGCCGACGAUCACCUAUUUAUAUUUUGUACUGUCAAAAAAAAGAGAGAGAGAGCAGCAGAAAAAGACAUUUAUCUUCAGCUUUCCUUCCUAAGGUGAAUACCUGUGUCUGACCCCACUACAUCUUCAAAAUGUCUCCAAGAUCAGAGAGAAAAAAGGACACUCGAUGGAGGGGUCAUAGGUCAAGAGAGACAAGAGAUGGCAGCAUUAACAAUGUUAAUAACUCCUUUCAUUUCCCACUGCAGUCAGACCAAAUCACCAACAGCCCUGAACCAUCCUUUGAUUUCACUAAUGCAUCUUAAAGAGAAAUAUUCAAAAGUGAGCAUGAAGAAAAACUGUACAGAUGUUUAUAUUAUAUUCUUUCAAAGUGCCAGUUUUUGUGGUGUCAUUUGGAUAUUUACUAAUUCAUUCAUGUGCAGGAAGAGUAGAGGUGGAUUAGGGAUGUGGUACAAGGCAAAAAAACAGAACAUAAAAAAAGAGUUGCGUCACAUUGUACAAAGAAAACCAGAUCAAGUUUGGUCAUAAAUAUAUAUACAUAUAUAUAUAUAUAUAUAUUUUUACUAUGUCAUAGGGUGGGCAGUUGAGACAUAGAGUUGCAGAGACUCAUUUUGCCACUUUCUGUCAGAAAAGGUGGUGUGAGGAGAGAAAGUUGAACCUGCACACGUGGUUCAAAGUGAUGUGAAUUGUCUCCUCUCCAGUCUCAGUCACCCUCCUGAUCCAACCUGGACAGGAGACAGAGGGAAAGAAAAAGAGACAAAUCUCCAAGUCGGUAUCACUCAUACGUCAUCUAGGCGAACGGCAUGUGCCUGCGUUGAAGUCUGAUUUUUCUUUGUGACGUGACUUUAUAAAGCUUGCAUAUUUUACACGGUGUUUACAAAGACGUAUGUUGUGGUAAAAUGAAUAAACUACAAAAAAAAAUUAAUGUAUAAAUUUUAAUUUCAGAGGUUAAAGAAAUAAUAAUAAUAAUAAUAAUAAUAAUAAUAAUCCCAGCAUCCCUUUUGUGUGUCCUCAGAAGUGUGUGCUUUCACUGGACAAUACUGAACCCUUGCAACAAAGAACCAUGUGCAUUUGACUGUCUAAUUUCUGACUGCACUUUGCAGUACCACAACCAAAGGAUCUGGAGUUGUAUUUACAUGCAUACAUGCGAAAGGAGCCCAGGGGCUUUCUUUUUUUGUUUUGUUUUGUGGAUGUACAGGGAAUUGUGCAUUUACAAAAUAAAGAGCCGACUAUGCUGUAAAAUAAAUGCAAGACACGGACAGACAUCAAAUCAAACAAGCAAGACCUACCUGUGUAGAUAUUACUGAUUCAAGACCGUCAAAAUAAAGUAACUGUACUACUCAGUAGCAGAUGUGUUUGUACCUAUCAUGUGCCUUAACCUUUUCCAUGGUAGUGAAGAUAACAGUGUGUUUUAUAUAACUUUAUCCCCCAUCCAACCUCAUCAUUUCUCUGUCCCAUCUGUUUACCUCUCUUCCUCCGUUGUCUCCCUCCUUCCUUCUCUUUUUUUCCUCUCACUUCACUCAAGUCACAUGUUCACUCGCUCUGUCCCUCCUGUGUAGUUUAGACUGUUGGUGGGUUUUUGCCUUGUAUUAUAAACUUUUAAAAAGAUAGAGACCUUCAAAAAUGGUUUUGAUUUCCUAGAAGAGUAAAGUUGUUAAUGCUUUCGUAGCGAGCAGAAGCGAUGCCACAGUGACAGAAUGUAUUAUGUUAAUUUUACUAAUACCCAGAGGCAAGUAUUACGCUUGUUAAACAUAACGGAAAAAAUACUGGUUUGUAGAGUAUAAAUUUGGUGUGUUUUCAAUAAAUCAUGCCUGGAAAGAA